AAGUCUAAACGUCGUCUUCCUACCUUGUUCGGAGUGCUACUACUUAGGAUCGCAGUUUGAGAGAGCCUGAGUGAGAGGAAAAAAGACCACUAUUUGGCGGUGCGUUCAGCUAGUUGCGCUUGCUCCCAUGGUAGUAAUGGUGCGACCCCCGUAAAAUAGGCUCCGUGCCGCGUGCUGCCACGUAGACCUAUCCUAUCCUCGACGGCCGCCACCUGGAUCGCUCACUUUGAUUUUGGAUGUGUUCAGCUUUUCUUGUUUUAAUCGAAGCCAUCUCUUUAGCCCGUCUCAGUCUGUGUUUGUCGCCGCUGUGUUCUUGCCGUUCACGUAGCUGUCCUUGCUUUGUUGCAGCCCAGGUCCACUUCGAUAUGUGCGCUCAUACGAGUUGAAGAUAGUUUGUUGGCGACUCUGCACGCACACGUCUGACGAUCGCUAGCGAGUAGGUUCACUUGCAGUGUACCUUUGUCCGCGUGUACACGGUUGUGCGUACUUAGAGUAGCGUCCCUUUGCUUGCCUUGCUGACACCUUGUACGAUUGAUUUUGGAUUCCAAUCUUGUUUGGUGGCUUUCAUUCCGUUGGGUGACCAGCUAUUCAGCAGACGGCGUUGUUCGUUUGCUGUCGGAGCAUUUGCUCCUACGAAACGAGACGGCCAUCGUCGUCCGCCUGUCCAAGGUCGUGUGUUGGUCGGAUUGAGAUACAAUAGAAUCAGGAUUGGAUUUAGGAUUAUCUGAGUCUCAAAGCGUUUCGUCGACCUACUCAACGCAAUCAUGACGGAACCAACUCCGAAGCGAGUCUACCCAGGUCCUGAUUCAACAGACGCAGACUUUCUGUCUGCUCUGGCAUCAGUACCAGCUUCGUCGCUCCAGCCUAAAAGUACGAAGGGUGAAGCAACUAGCUCGAAUUCCGAAGCGACUUGGUCCCCCAAGAUGGAUUUAUUUUCUACAAGCUCCAGUAGUUAUCUUGAGCAACCACCACAUGGAGCUUUAAUGGCAGCCCUGCAAUCUACUAGUACUACUCCUAUUCCUAACUCAUUUUCAUCGGAAUUCCCUAACCAACAGGCAGGUGCUUCGAGCUCAGUUGGCACUCGUGGACACAGAAGUGCAGCUCAUGGCAGUGCCAAUGAUUCUGCUGCUGUGCAGAAUGGAUCUCUUUGGCCACCACUUGGCCUAUCACAGGAAAUGCCACUAAACGGAACCCAUCACAUGAUGCAGGAGCAGCAUCUCGCGGCCAUGCGGCAUCUGGCAGCGAGCAAUAGUUCGCAGCCCCGCCUGAUGGGCGGCGGCGGUAUCCAGAGUGUUGGGAUGAAUGGUCUGCCAGGCGGCACAGGAAUGCCAGUGCCUUCUCUCAACGGUAUGGCCAGGCAGCAGAGUAUUGCUCAAGGUCCAGCAUCCGGGAUGCCCAUGAAGUCCGAAGCCGUCACCAGUCAGCUGCGCUUGCUUCUCCACGCGCACGAAUGUGAUAGGCGGUGCAAUGAGCCAAUGUGUGGCCUGUUUAAGAGCGUUCUGGAGCACAUGAAGAUCUGCAACAUGCAUACUGGAUGCAGCUAUGCGCAUUGCUCUUCGAGCCGCCAGAUUGUACAGCAUUUCAAAGAUUGCCGUCAGGACGCCUGUGCUGUAUGUCGGCCGUUCAAAGGGAAGCGCGAUCGACGUAUACAAAUGCACCCAAGCUCAAUGACGCAGCAGCAACAACUACAUCCGACCCAAGCCAUGCGCACAACCAAUGGGAAAGUAUCAGCCAUUAGGGACGAGGCUCUUGUGAAGAGGAUCUGCCCGCUGGCUCCAACAGCUUCCCAGAGUUGGCAUGAUACCUACUCCUCAACCGCUCGUGUCCGUAACAUCAUCAAAGGCUUGCGUCAGAUGAGCAGUGCAGACUUUGAUUCGGAUCGUGGCUCUUCACAGCACGAAAUACUCAACCUGCUUCUAGAGAUCGAGCGCAAAGCAUUCAGCUUAUCUCCGUCCGUGACGGCAUAUGUGGAAACUCAUGCACAGAACUGCGUGAAUCUGCAAAGACAGUUCGAGCAUAAGAAAAGCCUUUUCCGCAAGCGUGUUCAAGGGGGCGGCACUGCUACCAACACCAACAAUGGCCUGCAUGCCGGAGCAGUGUCGUGUCCUUUGCCAGCUGGCAGCGAGGCUGCUACUGCAAGUCAGGUGACACCAGUAGUCAAGGAAGAAUUGCCUUCGGUAGCAGCCACGGGGGAGCAGGUGAUGGAUUGCGCAGCUACUGCAACUCUGGCGGACGGUUUUCCGAAGAUGGAGCCGCUGAUUGCAGAUCCUGCGCUGUCGGCACCUAGCACUGAAAGUGCAGCUGCAGUGGGAAACACCGGUGCAGCAGCAGCAAUUGCGGAGCAAUCGGGACCCACCAGUCUUGCUGCCUCCGGUUUGGAGGAUAACAAGCUGGCUAUCGCUGCUGGCGGCGCAACCUGCACUGGAGUGGCGGCAGGCACAUCGUCUUUGUCAUCGCCUGUGUCUAGUGUGUGCGACAAGAAUUCUCUGCUCACGCUUGCCGCCGUCCCAAUGUUGUCUACUCCUGUUGCCAUGGACACCACCGAGCCCAGUGAGGAAGCGAAAAGAAGUUUCCAGGACUGCGGCAACGCGGUACCCAAGACUAGUAUGCUACCGCCGCUGGCAAUAUCGCCAAAUGAGCCGCCCACGCCAGUGUCGAGCACUGGUGAGGUCACUGCCGGCGCCGCUGUGACCGAAGAAAUGCCUGCGCCAGUCCAGCCACCAACAUCCCUUGCCAUCAAGCCGGGCGAAAUCUCAGUUGACGACCAGACGCUUUCGCAGUUGACUGCUCCAGCAGCCACUCCGUCCGUCGUACCCAAGCCUCUACCGGCACAGAAAGCGCCAAAGCUCGUUUUUGAGAAUGAGCUUCUGGUAUCGGAGCUGCUGCCAGUGUGGAGCACUAUCCACUCGAUUCCAGAUUCAGAUGCGUUCCAUCAACCGGUGGAUCCUGCCAGAGAUUGCGCCCCAGACUACCUGAAGAUUGUUAAACACCCCAUGGACCUGGGCACAAUGCGAAAGAAACUCGAGGAUGGCGAAUACAAAUACCCGUUUCAGUUCAUCGACGACUUCCACCAGAUGUGUGACAACGCUCUCCUAUUUAACAAGAAGUACAACAAACUCUGGAGACUUGCUAAGAAGAUGAUUGACAUGUUUGACCGAAUCAUCGAUGAGCCAUUGCAACGGUUGGGAUACUGUUGUGGCCGGCGUCGCCGAUUCGCUCCGAAGAUCCAGCAUUGUUAUGGCAAGCAGACGUGCACGGUGCAGCGUGACUGCGUGUAUUAUACCUACAGCACCCAGUUCAUGACCUACUACUAUUGCAAGAAAUGCUUUGAUGGCUGUGGUGCGCAGAUUUCCCUGGGUGAAGAAACCGGCAUGGUGAAGAAGACGGAGUUCACUGAAGGGAAAAAUAACCAAUAUACCCCAGAACCAUUCUGCCUUUGUAUCAAGUGCAAUCGCCAGUUUCACGAGACUUGUGUUGGACACCACAGCAGAAUCUGGCCGGAGGGCUUCACGUGCGAUGCCUGUCUGAGCAGGCUCGGCUCUACUAGACGCGAGAAUACGAAUUCCAUAGAGGACUUGGAUAGGUGCGCUCUCAGCGACUUCCUGGAGACGAAGGUGAACGACGUGCUAAGCGCAUCUGGACUGUCACCAGCACCCGGCAAAGUGUACAUUCGUGUGCUCAGUUCGGCGGACAAAACUGUUGAAAUCAAGGCCGGCAUGAAAGAAAAGUUUGGAGCAGACAUCCAAGAUCUGCCUUACCGUAGCAAGGCUAUCUUUGCCUUUCAGAAGCAGAGUGAUGGCCAGUGCAUCUGUUUCUUCGGGAUGCAUGUUCAGGAGUACGGCUCGGAUUGUCCUGCUCCCAAUACCAGGCGUGUGUACUUGUCCUAUCUGGACAGUUGUUACUUCUUCGAGCCACGACCUCUCCGAACACAGGUGUACUACACCUUGGUGAUCUCAUACUUCAGCUACUGCAAGAAGAUGCGUUUCGCCCAUGGUCACAUCUGGGCAUGCCCUCCCACCGAGGGUGACGACUAUAUCUUCAAUGCUCAUCCGAUGGACCAGAAAACACCCAAGCUCACUCGCUUGAAGGACUGGUACAAGGUUAUGCUGAACAUCGGCGUUGAAACCGGACAGCUGCACGAAUUCAAAGACAUCCUGUCGGCAUGCAUUGAGGAGAAUGUGCAAUGUUUCAUGCAACUGCCGUACUUUGAAGGAGACUUCAUUCCCAAUCUCGGCGAAGACGUGGUCAAGGAUUACAAUCGGGAUGAAAAUGAGCGCCUGGCCGCAAGUACCGCUGACUCGUCGCAGACCAAUAGCAAGCAGCCGCUGAAGAAAAGCAACACUGCCUCCAAGAGCAAGAAGCCUAACAAUGCGCGUAAUCGUGCUGCCAAGCGCAUCCAGGCAACAGACGAGGUCUCCCAACGUGUUUUCACCAAUUUGGAGAAGCACAAGGAUGUGUUCUUCUCCGUGCGCCUUUGCCCGGCAGAGGACAUUCCGAACCUGGGCCCAACGGAGGACCCAGACCCUCUUAUCCAGUGUGACCUCAUGGACGGCCGUGACGCCUUUCUUGCCUUGUGUCGAGACCGGAUGCUAGAGUUCUCCGACCGCCAACGAGCCGUCUACAGCACAACUGCACUUGCAUUUGAGCUUCACAACGUCAGUAAACAGCCCUUUGCAUUCGGCCAGGUGCAAUGCGAUACCUGUCGGAAUAUUGUUGCUGGCGCUAGCUGGCACUGCACGGACUGUCCGGACUUUGACCAGUGCAUCACAUGUCAUGAGACUGUGGGGCAUAAUCACGCCAUGACGCAACAGGGCCUGGUGGAGAACUUGAUCCAGAAUCCUAGCACAGAUGCUGAAGCCACCGCAAACACAGCUGCUGCGCCCUCAACGGCCGGUAAACCCAAUGCGUCAACGUCGAGUGCCGCGUCCAAGGCAUCUGCAGACAUACAGCCAACGCAGGAUAAGUUCAUUGCUGCUGUUCGGCAUGUUUUGCAGUGUCAGGACACUUCAUCAUGCAACUUGCCCUCUUGUAUUCAGGUGCGCAAGAUUCUUUCGCACGCUCAGCAGUGUGGGAAGCCACAGGGCACCUGCAGAAUAUGCCGCCUGUGUCUUUUCUUGUUUGCGAGGCACAGCCGAGACUGCACCAAGCCCGCAGGGCUGUGCCCCAUACCACUUUGCAACGAGCUUCGGGUCAAGCGCCAGAAAAUGCUGGCCAAGCAACGUGCUCAGCAGGAGAGGAUGGUUCGUAGUCGCAUGCUGUGCAUGAGUACGGCGACGGAGCAAGCUGAUACGGGACGUUCAACCCCAUCCUCCGUGGCCGCAGGCCGGGCUGAUGAUGACAGCGGUGUGGCAGGACUGGGAUCAAGUCCCAGCAAAACUGCAUCGCCGGCCAAACGUCACGGCAAGGAUCAGGGAGACGAGCAGAUGGACACCUCGACGUCAGGGGAUGCUAGUGGCAACUCGGCUCCUGCAUCCUCCGCCUCUGCAGCGACUCAUGGCAAGGGUGGGGCCUUUGCUUCGCGUCAAUCACCUUCUGGUUCAGGUCUGGCGAAAGAUACCAGCAGUGCUGCGCCUCUUGAUCAACACACCCCACUUGUGAAUGGCAUUACCCAGUCCAACAGCAACAGCAGCAGCAGUGCGAGUAUCAGUGGCAUUAGGCCCGGUAAAGGCAAGGCCUGCGGCUCCACCAGCACCAUUAGCAGCCAGGCGGGCAACGGUGGCACUGCUAGCACUGCUAGUAACUUGAUUGCUUCUGCAAACGUUGGCAUGGGACUGUCAACUUCGUCGUCAGCUUCUCCCUUGCCGCAGAGCAACAUUGCAUUACUGCAGGCAAUGCAGCAGCAACAGCCGCCCCGGCAACAUGUGUUUCGGAAUUCGCCUUCGCCUCAAGUCGCUGCUGGCCUGCAGCAGCAGUUGGCAAGUGUGCAAUCACCUGCCAGCCUUCAUCAACAGCCAGUACUUCAGCAACCCCAAUCUGCAACUGCCGGAGGUGCCGCGUCAUCUGGCAGUGCCGGUCACAAAGAUGGCACUCAACUAAAGAACCUACUGCUAAAGCAGAAAGCAAUAAAUCAGGCCAGUGUCAAUCAGACACCUCUCAGUAGUGGUGCAGGUACUGGUACUGGCAACCAGCUGCUAGCUGCUGCACCAAGCAAUGUUGCUGCUGCUGCUGCUGCUGCUGCUUCUGGCCAUAGUUCUGCUCUGCAGUCGCUCAUGCAUCAGAGCACGCCUACAGACCGCAGUAGUCAGACCCUGCUGGCGCAGCAGCAGCAGCAACAACAACAACAACAACAACAACAACAGCAGCAGCAGCAUCUAAAGCUAGUGGACCAUCAGCAUCAAGUGCAACAGCAACAUGUUACAGCCGAACUGAUUCAGCAGCAGCAGCUACAACUGCAGCAGCACCAUCAUCAGCAACAACAGCAUCAUCAACAACAACAGCAACAACAGCAACAACAACAGCAACAGACACGGCCCAUUCCAGCUCAGUUGACUGGUCGCCAGCAACCUCAUGCAUCUCUCCAGGGUCAGCAACAGCCACAGCAGUUGACGCAACAGCACCAACAAGUAAUGCUCCAGCGGCAGCGGCAACAGCAGCAACAGCAGCAGGCAUACCAGCAGCAGCGGUUGUUGGAAAUGCAGGCAAUGGCCCGUCCGAUGAACACAAGCUCACCUCAACCUCAACCAGGCCCGUUGCAUAACCACACCCAGCCGGGUCGUAACCAGCUUUUCUCCAGCCCGCAGGAGCAACUGCAGCAGCAGCAACAGCAGCACCAACAGCAGCACCAGCAGCACCAGAACCAGCAACUUCAACAGUUGGUCAGUAAACUGGAGCAGGACAUGCGUGCUGCUGGACCAGUACUGCCCAUUGCGCUGGCUGACAAUUCUCUAACCUUGUCGCCCCGCCAGCAACUAGUCAUAACCAAUUUCGCACGUGCACUUGGUUUUACCCCACAACAAGCGCUUGAGUUGUGGAAGAAGAGGGUUCUUUUACGUCAAGCACACCAAUAUAAACUGCAAGAGCAGCAGCAACGGCAGCAGCCGCAGCAGCAGCAGCAGCUCCUGCUGCAAAGGCAGUUCCGUGAGCAAGCACUGCGUCACCAGCAGCAGCAACAACAGCAACAACAGCACCAGCAGCAACAAAUGCGCAGCGCAUCGUUGGCAGUUGCUGCAGCAGCAGCCCACCCUGCAGCAGGUUCUAGUCCCGCAGCAGCAGCAGCAGCGACUGUGACGGGUGCAGCCAAUCAUUCUCUUUUGCAGGGCCCGACGGGUCUUGGCGCUGCUGCUGCUGCUGCUGGACACAAUCCAUUGCAGCAGCAAUUGGGUCAGCCAAGUAAUGACCUAGUGGAGAGCAUCUUGGCUGGACCGAGUGCUAGCAACAGCUUCUACUCUCAGACUGGCACUCCAGGCCUUCCAGCCAUGGGUCCUACAUCCGCCGCCGCCGCCGGAGGGAUGCUUGACAUGAAGCCUACUAUCCAGCAGCUGCACAGCGAUGCAGCACUGGGUGUGCGCCUACCAAUGAAUGGGGCAGUCGGUAGUGAGUUUGAUGCCAGCCUGCAACAGCACUUGAAUGCAGCAGCGGCCUCUGGCCCGGACCGUCUCGGUAUGUUCGUGUAAACCGUGCGAUAUUGAGCCAGUGCGGGCAGCUGGCUGGACGUCUUGGUAAGUGAUACCGCGGACAAGUAACUCGCUGAAUAGGUUCCUAGUGUAAAACGUGUUAAAAUAGACAAUGGCCGUUACGUUGACGAUUAGGAUUGGCCACCUUUAAUACACGCUACUACUGCUGCUGCCACACCCCAACUACACAUAUUGGCAUAUUCUCUUUGUACCCAGCACUAUUUUGGUAUUUUCCUUUACUCCUCCGCUAUGUCCGUGCCCAGUCUCACCGGCACUAGUAAUAUGCUCAGCUUUACUUUUUUUUCUAUAUCUGGCCUACGCGCUGUCUCCCUCGUCUCAGUUUUAUAUAUGUUGGCAUACUCGGCUUAUCUCUCCUCCUCUCUCUCCCCCACCCGCCUUCCAUCGUGCGUGCAGCAGCUGCAGCCGCCUCUCGUAGAUAUAGUCUCUGUGAUGGCGUCUGUGCUGCUGGUACAUGUAGUGCUGCAACAAUGGCUAUUGUCUAUGCUGGAACCCUGGUGCGUAACUUUCUGGGCACCCUUGACGGAACGGAGCAGAAGAGCAUAACGGAGCAAACCCACUGCCUGAGGUUUCACGUCUUGAGAUCACUUUCUUUUACGGAUGUGUGUAUUUAUUGGAACACACACACACACACACACACACACACACACACACACACACACACACACACACACACACACACACACCGUAUGCUGACAUCUCGCUAAUCUUGCCUCUCGGUGAAGUCGGAUGUGUCCGCUGAUUGCGGUUUUUUUUGUUAUCAGUUUUGCUUUUCUUCGCGCUUUCUUCAUUUUCAAACCCUCCGAGCAUGUACCAUGCAUCGUGAGGCACUGUCAAAGUCGAUCGACGCACUGCAACCCUCUUGUCUUGACUGCCUUAUAAGCGGCCCUACUGUGUGUUAUGCUGUCGCCUUAUUUUUCGUGUCUUUGAUCUUGCGCUAAUUCGGUGUUGUGUUGAUGAAGCGCAUCGACUCGUUUUGCUGUUUUUUUGUUUUUGUUUUCAGCGGGCUAUCAUUUUUUAACAUCCUAACCUUGAUGAGAGCAAUGUUGUGAGCCAAUUCUAGGUGUCUCGCUUUCAAUCAUUUAGAAUUUUGAGAUUUUUGUGGAAAGUCAAUUUUAAAAAAUUAA